AGUGUCCGAGAUUCCUGCAGCUGUGUGUCCGCCAUAGACUGCAGGCCCUUCAAGCACACACGCAGUCUGCCCGCUCGUCUCCGCCGCUUUGAGACACACUUCAUCCCGGCGGGUCUGAUCUGAACACCGGGGAAAGUGCUGGAGCUUCAUCAUGGAGCUGGUCUCGGUUUAUGGUCUGGGGUCUUCUAAAGGAAAAGACGAGUCUGACAGAGGAGGAAUGGAAGAAGAGGAGGAAUCCGAUAGAGAAGAAGAAGAGGAGUCUGACAGAGGAGGAAUGGAAGAAGAGGAGGACUGUGAGCCACUGUGUGGGGAUCCAUCAGAGCAGGAGGAAAAAGAUGAAGAUGGGUCAAAACCUGACUCCUACCAGGAAGCUGACAAGUCCUUCACAGCAACAGGAAGUGGAGAUAAAUCUCACAGAUGUGACGUGUGUGGAAAAACCUUUGCUCGGAUCGGGCAUUUUAAAACACAUCAGCUGAUCCACACGGGAGUUAAGCAGUUCAUAUGUGAGCAGUGUGGAAAGUCUUUCACUCGAAUGGGUCAGUUAAAAGCACAUCAGGUGAUCCACACGGGUAUUAAACUGUUCAGCUGCGACCUGUGUGACAAGUCUUUUUAUCGAAUGGACAACUUAAAAGCACAUCGACUUCUCCACAGUGGGCUGAAACCAUACAAGUGUGAUGAGUGUGGGAAGAAUUUUCCCACCACAAAACAUCUCAGGACCCACAAAUACAUCCACACAGAAGUUAGGCCAUUCAGCUGUGAUCAGUGUGGAAAGGCUUUUAAAUUCAUGGGGGAGCUAAAAAGACACCAUCUCAUCCACACGGGGGUUAAAGCAUUCAGCUGUGAUGCGUGUGGGAAGGCCUUUACCCGGAUGGGCGAGUUAAAAGCUCAUAAACUGAUCCACACUGGAAUCAAACUCUUCAGAUGUGACCUGUGUGGAAAGUCUUUUAUCCGGUUGGAUCACUUAAAAACUCAUCAGCUGAUCCACACUGGAGUUAAGCUGUUCAGCUGUGACUUGUGUGGGAAGUCUUUUACUCGAAUGGACAACUUAAAGACACAUCAGCUCACUCACAGCGGACUUAAACCCUACAGGUGUGAUCAGUGUGGGAAGGAUUUCACUUGUAAGGGGAACCUGGUUACCCAUCAGCGCACCCACUCUGGAAGUAAACCAUAUAACUGUGACUUCUGUGGAAAAGCUUUCAGCCUGCAAAAGACCCUAAGAACACACCAACGCAUGCACACCGGGGAGGACGUGUACUGCUGUGAGCAGUGUGGGAAACCGUUUGUGCAGUACUCCCACUUAAAAGCCCACGAAAUUACCCAUACUGGAGAUAGACCACACCGCUGUGACGAGUGUGGGAAAGCCUACAGACGCAUUAGUGAUCUGAGAGUCCACCAGAGAAACCACACUGGGGAGAGACCAUACAAGUGUGACCAGUGUGAAAAGACGUUUAAGUCUUCGGAUGUCCUAAAACGACACCAACAGAUCCACACCAGGGAGAGGCCGUUCAAGUGCAGUCAGUGUAAGAGCAGUGACGGUGGACCCAGUGCUGAGCCCUGUCAGCACUACACCAUCGUUAAACCGUACCAGUGUGACCAGUGUGGAAAAUCCUUCAGCAGCCAAAGAACCCUACAGAGACACCAGCGUAUGCACACUGGGCACAAACUGAACUACUGCAAAGAAUGUGGCAGAGGCUUUCCCACACCGAGUGCAUUAAAACGCCACGAACUCCUCCACAGGACUAAAAAGCACGUCUGUGACCAGUGUGGGACGUCAUUCACGUUUGCCAAAGGCCUGCGACAACAUAAACUAGCCCACGUUGAGGAAAGCAUUCAUAUCCAGACACUGGAAGAAAAGCUUCUCGUACUCACGUCAUCGUACACAUCGUGAACACAGCUGUGCUGAAGACACCAGUAAUCACAGCGUGGGAAGAGUUUCAUAAUCACUAAUGCACUGUUUCACCGCGUGCAGCAAUAAUAAAUUUCACAGGGCUUUAGACUCAUUUUUUUGCCACGAUUGCACUGGUGGCACCUUGUCUUAGGCGCACCCAAAUUUUUCAACUGCAUUGCUUAAAACAGGGGUGUCAAACUCAAAUACACAGUGGGCCAAAAUUCAAAACUGGAACAAAGUCAC